AUGAAAAUCAGUAUUCCUCAUGCUCUUGAACAUAAAAUAAAUCCGGUACUAGCUGAUGAACAUCUUCGUAGUUUGAAUGAUACUGUUAUAGUUCAGUUUGAACCGCAACCCGGGUGUAGUCGGAAUUAUAAGAUUAGUGAUAAAGAAAUAAAUGUACCUUUGGAGCAAAAGACAAUCUCUGAUGAUUUUGUUCUCACUGGAAAGAAACCUUGGAGUAUUUCUACGAAUUUUUCUGUACCAGUCUACCUAAAAAAUGAUGUGGAACAAAAUUCAAAACGUUUAAGAUUUGCUAUCAGUAAGGCAACGAAAUAUCGAAUUAAAGAAAACACGGAUUUCAAAAAGAAAGUAGAACUGUUAGAAAGAGAUAUCCUCAAUGCCCCUUCCCAUGUAUUUGGUGAACACGCCGAAUGUAAAGCGAUCAAUUAUUUUAAAUGUGACAAAAAUGGCACACCAAUUUCGUAACACUUAUGAUAGAAUGUGGGUUAUACA